GAAUGGUCAGAACAACUUUCUCUUUCUUGUCAGUAUAAUCCUGCUCGGCUUCUAAAAGGAAAAUGAACAGAAUUUACCCACAGAAUAUUGAUACGGAUUCACUGGGUUCAACCAAAUCCCAUCUCACUGAUAAGAAAGCAGGUGCCACUCAUGACCAGCCAGACUGCUGCAGAAAGUGUUUUUCAUGGACCCUUUGCACUCGACGAUGCAUCUGUGUAUCUGCCAUUAGCCUUAUUAUAGUUGGUAUAAUCAUUGCCAUCAUCGCAUUGACUGUGACCGUCGGCAUUCCUCCUCUUACCCCAGUUAACCGUUUAUGUGUGACUACCAGUAAGCAGACAGGCUUUUUAUGUGAUAACAGAGAGACCUGCAUUUCAGCCAGUGAAGUUUGUGACACAAGACAAAAUUGUGCCAAUGGGGAAGAUGAGCAAGAAGCAUUAUGUAGUAAGAGCCUUAUGUUGUGCCCUUCCUCUUGUCCUCUUCAUAUCACAAUAUUUUUCUCUAGGAUAUCUUAGACGAGGGGUGUCAAACUCGAUUUCAUUGAGGGCUAUAUCAGAGUUAUGUUUGACCUUGGGUGGCCUGGGUGGGUGUGGCCAGAUCAACGUCACUCGUGUCAGGGGUGCCUGUGGCGGCCCGAAUGCUCUGCCAGCGAAAACAGAUUCCCAAGCUCCAUUUUCGGCUGCGUUGGCAUCCCGCAGCUCUCUGCCAGCGAAAAUGGAGCUCAUAUCUGGCCCUCGCAAUCUCCAUUUUCAGUGGCAGAGGCACUGUGGGCCAGUCCUUUGCUGUUUCCAGGGCAGCCCCCAGGCCAGAUCUAAGCACCCCGCAGGCCGGGUCCAGCCUCUGGGCCUUGAG